CUAAAGGGGAAAGUUGCAUUAUGCGUUUUUAUCCAAUAUACUAAUCUCUACCUCGCUGUGCACUGUGCUCCAAGGCAGACUGAGCCUGAGGGCACAUAGCUGGCAAAGAAACAUACGCCAACAUAUUGCAUACGGUUUACUGAAGAGGAUAUGUAGAUGGAUGUCUUAGCCAGAAAAUGCUGCCAUUCCAGUAACCGGGCCACUUCGUUGGCUACACAUAGCAGUGCUAGGACGUAGAUCUGCUCGCGCAUUAAGCAAAGAGUAAGCUUGAUGAAAUCAAUUGCAUUGUAAAAGAUCCAGUGGCAUAGCGCAACUCUCCGGGCGGGCGCAAUGCAAAGCGUGGGCUCUCAACCUUGCCGACAAGGACGGUGUAGGGAGCUGGCGAGCACGCAGGGGAACUUAGGCCGAUCAUGCCCGCUUAGAUUUAGCUAUAGGGGCUUCCUAGCUCAUCAGCCUCAUGCAACACGUCCCUUGCUGCGAAACACGGCUGCACUACCAGCCUCAGCUGGCGAUCCGAGUUCCAGCGCCGAUGUUGCCUCUGUUAAAUUUGGAAGAGACAAUGUCGGCGCGGAAGCCAACGGCACCGAACCAUCGCCCAUCCCCGCGAUGGGAAGAGUUCCGAUUAGCGCUGCAAGCGGGCUCGGAAGUGGCACAGGCGGCAGCAAUAACCACAACAACGGCGGCGGCAGUUUGAGAGCUAGCUUUCGCAGCAUCGUAAAGGGUUCCUACCUGGGUGAGUUGCUGUUCGUUGUGAUGGGCAGCAUCGUCUGUGGCGGCCUCACGCAGUGGACAGUGGGGACGCCGAUGCGUCGCUUCAACCCCUACACCUUCCACGUCACCCUUCCACAGGCCCCGGGUGUGGUGCUGGGCACCCCGGUGCGCAUGAAGGGCGUCCCCAUCGGCGCUGUGAUGUCCACCACGCCUCUGGUGGACCGCAUUAGUGUGGAGGUGGAGGUGAACGAGGCUAAGACCAUCAUCCCGCGAAACGCCAAGAUCGAGCUCACGCAGUCCGGUCUCAUUCCCGCAGCCAGCAUCGAUAUCUCACCACCGGAAGGUGUCUCGGCGGAGCGGCUGACGGCAGCGGUGGCCGCCAAGGCAGCUGCCGGCGCCGCCACUGCCACCGGGAGCAGCAGCUCUGAAGGCGCAGCGGCCGGGAGUCAUGACGCUGCGAAGCACCAAAUUAGCGGAAAGGUUGCUGCUAGGCGAGCCAAACGAGCAGCGCAUAUACGUCUUGCAGGGCCCAAGGAUGUGGCUGCAUGCAGGCUGCAGGGUGUGUUGGUGUGCCACGGCGACCGCAUGGAGGGGCAGCAGGGCGGCAGCAUGGACGAGCUGAUGGCGCACAUGCUCAAGUCACUGCGCAAGGGAGAGGACAG